GACAGGUAUGGUGUAAAUCGUUCCCAUGCGGCAGUCCUAUCCAUACCUGCCCAUCACAAAGCUGUCCCAAGCGAGCGUAAUCUCAACGCCCAUCUUGUCCUACGGGGAAGGUUUCACACGAGGUCAAGAAAUAUCUGAGUGGGGCGGAAUAUCAGUGGCAUGCUAUCUUGACACCUUGAGAUUAGAUUCUGUUCAACUCUGGCAGCUUGACAUUUUUCCCUUUCUUAAGGGCUUUGAGUCUUUACUGGACACCCUGGAUUUUGUUCCCCCAAUGAUUGCAUGGCUUCUCAGGACAGGAGCGGUUCAAAUGACAAACUUCCGGACCUAAGUUAUCUUUCCACUUUAUUCUUCACUCUCCAUAUCGCCUCUGGACAUGUCGGAUUGCCGCUGCUGGUCAUCAUAUUGACUACAUCAAAACGGAUUCGUCGACCGCCCUCAGUAAUCAAUCUUUGCAUUACAUGGAUUGUGUUCUCCGUUUCGCAUUGUCUGUUGUUUUAUGGGGGGUACCAUGGACAUUACGAUCCGCCUUUCGCAUUGUGCCUUGUACAGGCAGCUAUGAUUCAUGGUGCUCCUCCCAUCAGGUGCGUCAUCGGGGUCUUUAUCCUCGUUCUCCAUGUCUGGUACCUACUCCAGCCACCGUGGCAUCCGUUCCUUAUUUGCUAUACCAAUAAUGUAUCACCUUUCGUGAGACUUGCUUUAGUCGUGCUGCCACCAUACCUGGUUUUUAUAUCAAUAUGUAUUGGUGUCGUCCUGACUGGACUAUAUCGACCCUCCUCUGUCGUGUCAUCACUUGGGUUGUAUUGCACUAUUGUUGAUAUGGACUCUGUUUUUUCCGUUCCAGUAUUUUGCGCCGUUUUUAUGGUCCUGAUUUUGAUCUUGAAUCUCGGAACGCUCGUACAGUACUGCUGGAGGUGGUAUGCGCUUAUGAAGGUGAAUCCGUUAUUCAGUAGGUCGACGUCUUUGAACAUCUGGUUACGGGUCUUCAUCUUCAGCUUAUACUCAUUCGCUACCCUUGGCGCGUGCCUGACUCUCAUAUUUGACAAACGUAGUCCAGUCUCAUAUGUGGUCCAAGCCGGUCUACCACCUGUCGCACUCCUUAUCUUCGGCUCUCAGAAGGACAUGUGGCAUGCAGCAUGUUUCUGGAGGACUGAGAGUGCGGAGAGGAAGAUGUCUGACGGAGGUUGGUCGGCCCCAGUUGAUACAAUCUCAACGUCAACCGUUGGAAUAGAGUCCUCUAUUGUUUGAGGUAGUGCAAUAGAGUGAGCAAUAAAAUCGACAACUGCCGGCUGAACAAUGUUGAGAUCGAGCAGCGCAUUACAUGGAUGAGAACAUGAACAUGAAAAGAACGGUAUGAUUUCCG